CACACCCCCACACACACACAUACACACAGACACACACACACACACGAACCUAGCCCCCUCUUUUUACACUUCCUCUCACAUUUUGGACACUUCUACGCGCAGUUUCCUCGUUUUAACGUCCAUGGAUCAACUUUACGCACAUUACGCACGCGUCCUCUUCCGCAAAAUUUAACCCUAAACGUUUUGAAUCGGAUUUUUUUCAACACUUUCUACACUUUUAAUGUAAUUUAGAGCGCGCGCACACGAAGCCAGUCCCCUCUUUUCAGGUUUUGGACACUUUUACGCGCAGUUUCGUCGUUUUUAAAAUCCAUGGAUCAACUUUACGCACGUUACGCACGCGUCUUUUUUAUCCAAAAUCUGACCCUGAACGUUUUUAAUCUUUUAUUUUGAGCAUUUUUCACACUCUUUUUAAUGUAAUUUCGGUGCUUAAGUGUAUAACAGAUUAUGAUUUCACUUGUGCUAAGCGGUGGAUGGUGCUGAGUUUUUCCCCGGAGAGGCUGCGAGGCUGUGGCCGGAUUUGGAGCAUGUUUCCCCGGCUGUGGUUGGCUCUGGUGCCCGUGUGGAGCGCGCUGAGCUUCGGGCAGCGUUUGGACAGCUGGAAUGACCUGCGGGGGGCGCUGUCUGAUGGCCUGUGUCGCUACGGUAACAGCGUGGAGUGCUGCUGGGGCUGGAGCCUGAAACACGGCCGCUGUCGACCUCACUGUCCUCACGGCUGUAAACACGGAGACUGCGUGGCCCCGGGACAGUGUCGGUGCGAACCAGGAUUCACCGGGAAAACCUGUAACCACGAUCUGAACGAGUGCGGCCUGAAGCCCCGCCCCUGUAAACACCGCUGCAUGAACACGCCGGGCAGCUACAAGUGCUACUGCGCCGACGGGUACCGGCUUCAGCCCGACGGGUCCUGCAGGAACGCACACACCUGUUUCCACGCCAACUGCCAGUACGGCUGUGAGGUCAUGAAGGGGCGUGUCCGCUGCACCUGUCCGUCACCGGGGUUACGGCUCAGCCCGGACCGGCGCACCUGUGCAGACAUAAACGAGUGCGUGUCGAUGCCCGGGGUCUGUCCUCAUCGUCGUAAAUGUGUCAACACUUUUGGGAGUUUCGUUUGUAAAUGUCACUUUGGAUUCAGACUGAGCUUCAUCGACGGACGCUACAGCUGCAUCGAUAAAGACACGAGGUCGUUCUGUUCUCUGAAUCCCGACGCUCCCAAGUGCAAAUGUAAAGACGAGAGCUGCAGAGAUUUACCCAAAGUCAAAGUGGAGCCUCAAACACCAAGAACUACAACUACUACUACUACUACUACUACUACUACUACUACUACUACUACUACGAUCCCUACUACUAUACCUACUACUACACCUACUACUACUUCUACUACAACCUCUGCUACUACAACUACACCUCUCAUUACCACGAGGACAAUCCCUACUACUAUACCCACUACUACAACUACUACUACUGCUACUACUACUGCUACUACUACUGCUACUACUACUACCCUUGCUACUACACCAGUUGCUACUACUACUACUGCUACUUCUACUACUAAAACAACGCCUGUUACUACUAGCACUACAACUACACCUCCAACUACAACUACUCUCACUCCCAUGCCUACUACUACUGUCCCUACUACUACUACUACUAUUGCGCCUACUACCACUACUACUUCUACUACUACUACUACUCUUGCUACUACGACUCCCCCCACUACUACCUCGACUUUAAAAAGUACUACUACUACUUUUACAACUCCGGUUCCUUCCUCAUCUCCUGUUCCCUGGGAAACCACAGAACAGGAAACUGCCACAAUAAAACAAACGACAGAAUCGACGACUCUUAUUUUGAAAAGCACGACAUCCUCAUCGCCCACGACGACGGUAAACAACCACAUCAACAAAGAAGUGACGCAUCGACAGAGAGGAGACGUGCACAUUCCUCGUCUUCCGGGUCAUAAUCAGGUUUGGGAGUUUGACAUUGAGUUGGGAAACACAGCGGACGAAGCCAAAGACGACGCAGACGUCGUGGAUCUAGAAUGUUCGUUUGAUCGAGGUUUGUGCAGCUGGAUUUCAGAACGAGAAGGAGACGUGAACUGGGAGAUCAGCCAAGGACCUGCAGGUGAGCGUUACCUGUCUGUUCCUCCUCUUAAACCUGGACACAGAUCUCUCCGAGGGGCUCGUCUCUCUUUCGCCGUAGCUCCGCCCUUCAGUCUGGGCCCCGCCUGCUUCUCCUUCUCCCAUUGGCUGACAGGGCAUCAAGUGGGCGUGGUCCAGGUUUUCCUCAGAAGUGGGCGGGACCAGAGAUACGGUUCUGCGGUUUGGAGCAGGACCAGAGGACACGGCUGGAGACAAACUCAAGUCACUUUGGACAAGAACUCUGUGGACCGGAUUUUGCUGAAGGCUGAGCGGAGGUCAGGGUUCAGGGGUCAAAUCGCCGUCGACGACCUCAAACUCAGACGCGGCCCCUGCAGAUGACAUCACACCAGCGCAGAGCUCUGAUUGGACUGUUUAUUUUAUUGAUCCCGCCUCUUUCCUUCCCCCAGACAAAACAUCCAUAAGACGUAUUUAAAAAAAAAA